GAUCACCAAGUUACCUUAUAAAUACACUCUUUUGGAUUCCAUCUCUCUCUCAACCUGUAACAUGGAUGUCAAGAUGGAGCCUGAGAAGAACACGACUGAAAAUGGAGAGGACCAAGAGAAGAAAGAGCUUCAAAACAACAACAAGAAGAAGAAGCUUGGAGGGAUGAGAACAAUGCCAUUUAUCCUUGCAAAUGAAAUAUGUGAUAGAUUUGGAUCAUCUGGAUCACACGCAAACAUGAUAACAUACUUGACGAAGGAGCUGAACAUGCCAAUGGUAGCAGCAGCAAACACACUGAGUAACUUUGUUGCGACAGCCAGUUUAACACCUAUUAUUGGUGCUUUGAUUGCUGACUCCUUCGCUGGCCGUUUUUGGACCAUCAUUGCUGGUUCCCUUAUUUAUGAACUGGGAUUAGUGAGCAUGACAAUAUCAGCAACACUCCCCCAACUCCGCCCACCACCAUGCCCAACUCAGGUUAACUGCAAAGAAGCCUCUACCCUCCAACUAUGGAUCCUCUACAUCUCCCUCCUCCUCUCCUCCCUCGGCUCAGGUGGCAUCCGACCCUGCGUUGUCACCUUCGCUGCCGACCAAUUGGACAUGUCCAAGUCAAGAGUAGAGUCUAGAAGCUGGAACUUCUUCAACUGGUACUAUUUCUGCAUGGGAAUGGCUUCACUGAGUGCCCUGACAGUAGUUGUUUAUAUCCAAGACAAUGUGAGUUGGGGUUUGGGACUUGGAAUACCCACCAUUGCUAUGGCUGUGUCUGUGAUUGCGUUUGUUUUGGGGUCACCUCUUUAUAAGAAAGUGAAACCAAGUGGGAGUCCUUUGGUUAGGAUGGCUCAAGUUGUUGUUGCUGCUGUGAAGAAGAGGAAGGAAGUUGUGCCAGAUGGCGUUGGGGAUUUGUAUGAGAAUAGAGAGCUUGAUGCUGGGAUUUCUAGCAAUGGAAGGCUUCUACAUACUGACCAGCUCAAGUGGCUAGAUCGAGCAGCCAUUGUAACAGAAGAAGACACGAAAGAUCCAACCUCCCCAAACCUUUGGAGAAUCGCCACCGUCCACCGCGUCGAGGAACUCAAGUCCAUCAUCCGGAUGCUCCCCAUCUGGGCUGCCGGAAUCCUCCUCGCAACCGCCCAAUCCCACCAGCACAGCUUCAUCAUCCUCCAAGCUCGCUCCAUGGACCGCCACCUCUCCCCCACCUUCCAAAUCCCUCCUGCCAGCCUCUCCAUCUUCUCCAUCCUCACCGUCCUCAUCGGCCUCGUCCUCUACGAACGUGCUUUCGUGCCCUUCGCUCGUCGUUUCACUAAAAACCCUGCAGGCAUCACGUGCUUGCAGAGGAUGGGGAUAGGGUUUACAGUCAACAUUCUUGCAACUAUUGUGUCAGCCAUAGUUGAAAUAAAAAGAAAAAAGGUGGCAGCAAAUCACAACUUACUCGACAAGCCUACCGCGAUCAUACCCAUAAGUGUGUUUUGGUUGGUACCGCAAUUUUGCCUCCAUGGAUUGGCGGAGGUUUUUAUGUCGGUCGGGCAUUUGGAGUUUUUGUACAGUCAAUCGCCAGAAAGCAUGAGAAGCACAGCUGCGGCAUUGCAUUGGAUAUCGAUAUCAUUGGGGAACUUUAUUGGUUCUUUCAUGGUGUCAAUGGUUCAUAAGUAUAGUGGGAAGGAGAGGAAUUGGUUGCCUAACAGGAAUCUGAAUAGGGGGAGAUUGGAAAACUAUUUUUGGCUUGUGAGUGGCAUACAAGUAUUGAAUCUCUUGUAUUAUGUGAUAUGUGCUUGGUUUUAUACUUACAAGCCAUUGGAAGACGUGGUUGAUGAGAGAAAUGGUGAAGGGGGUGAUGUGGAAUUAGGUAGAGAUGAUCAUAAGGCAUUGAAUGAUGCCAAUGGAAAUGGGGAAGUAGGAGUGACCAAGUGAUGACAACUUGUGCGAUGUUAAAAUAUUUGCAGUACUUGGCUCUAAUUUUAGUGAGUGCAAAAAGGAAUCAUGUCUAUGUUUUUUUUUUGAUCGGCAAAGAAAACUUUAUUAAUGAAGCACGUACAGGGUAUAAUGGGAAACAUCACUAAAGAGGAGGAAGGAGCUAGAGGAAACUUAAACCUCCAAGUUGGUGAGAAACCAACAAAAGAGAAGGAAUCAUGUCUAUUUAUAUAUAUAUUUUAAUCAAGGUCUCAUUGUAGACAUGAUUAUUGCU